UUCCCAUGCUCCCUCCCUCUUUACCCUAUGACUUUACUAUGAGUGUAACGUGUUUCUAUCUUACAUUUAUUAUUUCACCAUAAAGUCCAAUCCCCACCUACAUUUCACUAAAACUCAAAAAAGUAAAAGCUGUUUUCCCCUCUAUCUUCUCACCCUAUCUUUUUCUGCAAAACCCUCAAGAAAGUACAGUGAAAUGGCAUGCUCAAGGGUUUAAGCAGAAUUUUUUGGACAUGCAAAAAGGUCCCUUUUUACCCAAUUCAGGUUCCAACUUUUUAACGAAGAUUAAUAUGGUUGAACAAAAUUGUUGGGAUGAGAUUCCAAUGGGGCCUAUUGUUGAUGAAGACUUUGAGAGCAUACUCAAUGGUUUGGACUUUCCUAUGGAAAGUUUAGAAGAAGACGGCCUCGGUGAAGAUUGGGAUACUAGUUUGUACCAGUUAUUCGGCCCAAUCCCUUCGGAUUCUCUUAUGACUUUACCUUCGGUGUCCCAUGGCGAUAUUGCAAAUGGCUGUGGUAAUAUUGCCAAGGGUCGUUUGGACGCAGUGCCUAAUUCUAAUAAUACUAACGAAUUUCGUGAGGCCCAAGGGAAUGUUAUAUUCCAGACACAGAGUACAUCCUUCAAAGUUGGCGCUAAAGGCCGUCGCUCUAAGCGUGCACGAUCGUCAACUUUGAAUCCAUGGCUUUUAAUGGCUCCCAUGUCUAGUACAUCUUUUGCAGCCAAGAAGAAUUCUGAUGCCAAAAAGGGAAAGGAAAAGAAGAGGAGAAAACUAUCAGGUGCUGUGGAGUCUAGUUUAUUUAAAAAGUGCACACAUUGUGAAAUAACAGAGACACCACAAUGGAGGGAGGGACCAUUGGGUCCAAAGACCCUAUGCAAUGCCUGUGGAGUUCGUUAUCGUUCUGGCCGGCUACUCCCAGAGUAUCGGCCUGCUGCGAGUCCCACAUUUGUUCCAUCUUUGCACUCAAACUCUCACAGGAAAGUCAUAGAAAUGAGGAAAAAAGCAGUUGAGGAGUCUCCCCAAUGUGACAGCCACAAGUUUGCUCCUCUGAGUAGUUAUUUGUUUUGACAUAUAUUGAAGAGAUGACUAUACUUUUAGUUAGGUGCUUAAUUUACUUCAUUGUUUUAUUCUCCACUGUUUGGUUAUAUGGUAUUGUGUAGUCAGGUUAAAAGUUCAUGUACAAAAAUGGGAUGCAGGAAGUUCUAGGUUAGCAUAAUUAGUCAAAGCCCGAUUGGAGGCGGAUGAUGCAGUUUUCUGAUGUAAAAUCUAAAGUCGAUGAAUAGAUAGCCAGGUACUUCCAA